GAGGUGGGCGGCGGCGGCUGUGCGUGCAGCCCAGAGCCGGAGGAGGGCCCGCGGCCGGCCGCCGGGGCCGCCGGCGGGGCCGUCUUCGCGGCGUGCCUGGCGCUGGGCGCGGGCCUCGGCGUGGCCGCCGCGGCGCUGCUGGUGCGCCGGCAGCGGCGCGGGCGGCCUGCGCCGCUCGGCCUGCUGCGCGUCGUCACCGGCACGUCGUCUGCGCCAGGAGAUGAGGAUCUCGAGGCGGCCGCCGGCGGUGGGCAGCGGCCGCGCUGUUGGUGCACCCUCGACGGCGUCCACAUUCUGCCCGACCCUGGGCGGAUGCAGCAGAUGCAGGCGCUCAUGGGGGACACCUGGGCUGACCGCACCACCCAGGACCGCCGCCUCGUGGCGGGGGGCCUCCGCGUGCCAGCGGGCUGCCGCGUGGCCAGCGUCCUCCGCAUCGAGAACCACCCUGCGUGGGAGCGGCACUGCAGGUACAGGGGCGCCGUGGCCGCGAGGAGGGGCGGGGCCUGCACGGCCUUCCCCACGCUAACGCAGGGCAGGCUGGGCGAGCUGGACGGCCGGGUGAACGAGAUGUACCUGUUCCACGGCACCAACCCGGAGGCCGCGUACGCCAUCGCGCGCUCCGGCAGCUUCAGCAUGGACCGCGCAGGGACCUGCCGUGGGAGCAUGCUCGGCGCGGGCAUUUACCUCGCGGAGAACUCGUCCAAGAGCGACGAGUACGCGAAGGAGGGCGACGGGGUGUACGUGGACCUCUGCGCCAUGCUCGUGUGCAGGGCCGUUGCUGGGGAGGUCCUGACGGUGACCACCACCGGCGACCAGACCUCGAAGGUCCGCGGCGGCAGCUACGACGCCGUCUGCGGGGACCGACUGGCAGCAGCGGGAACCUAUCGCGAAAUCGUCUUCUUCAACGAGGAGGCGGUGUACCCGGAGUUUGUUGUGAUCUAUUCUCGCGUCUACGACGAGAGGAGGAAGAGCAUCAUCGUACUCAUCUUGCUCGGGAAGUGGUGUGCACGUGGCCUUCACGGGGGCCUUGGUCAGGCCGUGCAUCUGGACCUUCGGGCUGUCGAUGGUGCUAUUGGCCAUCACGCGGUCAACGGCCCUAUCCCCUUUCAUGUCCUCGGCAUUGCCCUUCGCGUUGUCAGUGGUGUCGUUGCCAAUGACGAUCGUGCUACCCAUGGUGUCAGUGCCACUGACGAUGAACUGCGACUGCAGAGUAUGGUCCGCCUCAGCGUCGUUUGCGCCACUACCGAAGACAACAGCGAUUCCAGUGGGCCAAACCCAUUCAAGAGGACUUGCGUGGGCGUGUUCUUUCUUGGCAUGCGACGUGCCCGUUACGUUGCUUGUGGUACGGCAUCCAAUGACAGUCUCGUUUGUGAUGGCAGCUCCUUUCAAACAGAGGACGUCGGCUCUAAGCUCGACGGUGAUGCUUUUGAUGUCGACGAGCGCUUCCGUGCUUGCCUGCGCCUCCAGAGUGGCUUCAGCGGGCACCUUACUCAUGCUAAUGCCCCUGUGCUCCAGCACAUCGCUCAAGGUGGUGCUGGGCUCCUGGUGCUCCACCACUCCCCUGCCCAUGUUUGACCACAUCACGUCCUUCACGCUUCUGGCGACAUCGUCUUCCGUGGAAUUGAUCUUCUUGCCGUGACACUUUGGCUCGAAGAGUCUGAUCUUCGCCUGCACCCCGCUGCUGGCGGCGCUCUUGCCGUGGGUAUCGUCCAUCUGCUCUGCGAUGCACGCCUUUGAUCAUGAACUGACAACUAGCACCCAGAUUUCUCGGGAUGGAAUUCCGCGGGGGGGCUAUGGGUGUGUGCAUGUUGUCGGAUGCGGGUCCCCUCUCGAACGGGAGCCCCCCUCGGGGUUCGACAAUUCGCGCCCAUCUCUAUACGAUAAGUAUGGGUGCGAUGAAGGCGCUUUACUAGCGCCUUCACCGCACUGCCCUUCUCCAUUUCUCCUCCCGAUAGGUUCGAGUGUACGUCAUUGUU